AUGCAACUUCAAAUCAACAAAGAAAGACAACAUUGGAGGCAAGUGUUAACAAGAAUAAUCUCCAUUGUGAAAGCACUUGCUAAAAAUACUUUGGCCUUUCGAGGGGAUGAUGAGAAACUUUAUGUCGAGAGUAAUGGGCUAUUUUUGCAAAUGAUAGAAAUGGUUGCUGAGUUUGAUCCAGUGAUGGAAGAGCAUGUUCGACGUUGUGAAGCAAGGGAAUCUCAAUAUACAUAUUUUAGUCCCAAAAUUCAGAAUGAAUUGAUAGAAACUUUGGCAAAUGAAGUGAAAAGGUCAAUCAUUGCAAAAGUUAAACAUGCAAAAUAUUUUUCAGUAAUACUUGAUUGUACUCUAGAUGCGAGUCAUCAAGAACAAAUGUCUCUAGUGCUACGAUGCUUGGAUGAUUCAACAGACACACCAAAAGUAGAAGAAUAUUGGGUUGAGUUUUUGAAGGUGGAUGACACAUCAGGUCUUGGGUUAUCAAGUGAACUUAUGAAUGUGUUAACUAGAGUUGGGCUUGACAUUGAUGACAUAAGAGGACAAGGGUAUGACAACGGAUCUAACAUGAGUGGAAGACACAAAGUUGUACAAAAAAGAUUACUUGAAAUAAAUCCUAGAGCUUUUUAUAUACCGUGUGGUUGUCAUAGUCUUAAUUUGGCCUUAGUUGAUAUAGAGGAAUGUUGUCCUAAAGCCAAGUCAUUCUUUGGAGUGGUGCAACGCAUCUACACAUUGUUUUCUUCCUCUACAAAGAGAUGGAAAAAUUUUAAAGAUAAGGUGUCUGGUUUGACUGUUAAGCCAUUGUCACAUACCCGUUGGGAAAGUCAUGUUGAAAGUGUAAAAGCCAUAAAGGAGCAAAUUGUACAUAUAAGAGAUGCUUUACUUGACUUGGCAGAAGUUGUUGAAGAUUCUAAAACAAAGAGUGAUGCUGAGACCUUAGCCCUAUAUGAUCUUGAGAGUUUUGAGUUCUUGCUUGGAAUAGUAAUCUGGUAUAACUUGUUACGAACAAUAAAUACCGUGAGUAAGUUUAUUCAAUCUGAAGAUAUGGAUAUGGAUAUUGAUAUUGCGAUCAAUUUGUUACAAGGACUUGAUCAAUUUCUUGAUGAGUUCAGAGAAGAAGGGUUUGCUAGUUCCAUGAAUGAAGCUAAACAAAUGGCAAGUGAAAUGGGGAUUGAACCUAAAUUUCAAGAAAAACGCAUCAUUCGAAGAAAGAAACAAUUUGAUGAAAGUGACAAUGAUAAUGUGACACGAUCAGGUGAAGAGUCUUUUAGAGUUGAAUAUUUUCUAUUUAUAAUUGAUCAAGCUCGAUCUUCUCUUCAAGUUCGAUUUGAACAAUUUAAACAAUAUCAAGAGAUUUUUGGGUUUUUAUUGAAUUUGGAGAAGUUGAAGAGUGAGCCUUUAACUAGCUUGAUGAAGUCUUGUAUGGAGCUUCAACAAUUUUUGAGCCACGAUGGACGUUCAGACAUUAAUGGUGAUGAGUUGUGUUCAGAGUUGAUGGUCGUGAGAUGCUAUUUAACAAAUGAAAAAAGAACAAUUGAUAUGCUACAAUGUCUGGCAAAACUAAAUGGUUUAUUCCCAAAUACUUACAUUGCCUAUAAGAUUUUGUUAACCAUACCAGUAACAGUUGCAUCGGCAGUGAUCCCGUCCGGAAGCUGA